UGAUGUCACGGAUGCUCCGGUGACCGAAUAAGGAAGCUGACACCCGAAAGAUUAGUUUCAGAUUAGUUUUUAAUUUGAAGCAGACGAAGGCUGCCGUGUGUUUGCAGAGUCCUCGCAGCGUGGGGAAAGUCACCACCGCCUAUGACAUCAGUGUGAUGUAGUUGCUGCUGUAGUUUCUUGAGGAAAGAGAAAAGAGGAAGCAGUUCCGCCCAGAAGCUGACUGGAGGCCGACGAGAAAAGAGCCGAAAGAAGAAAAGAAAAGGAGACGGCGAUUGCUACAGUCCCGCUUUAAGGCCGAACUCAAAGCAGAACCCCGUCGGUGCGUGUUAUUUUGGUGCGUGGACAGUGGAACUCCGUCAGGACUUUGGUUUACAGGUGUGGCCCUGAGUCCGUCGUUCGCACACCAAAGUUUUGAAAACCGUCCAUGUUGGUGUCUCAUUACAGUUAGCAGGCUUACUGCGAGACCUGGAUCUAGCGCGCCUGUGAGGUCCUGUGGCUGCUGUGCGCUCGGAGAGUCUUUGGUCCGGACUGAAGAGCUGAAAAUGAGUGGAGAAGAGGAAAGAUUCAAACUGGUGGUUGUGGGGGGAGGAGGAGUGGGAAAGAGCGCCCUUACCAUCCAGUUCAUCCAGUCGUACUUUGUGUCCGACUACGACCCCACCAUUGAAGACUCCUACACCAAGAUCUGUACCGUGGAUGGAAAGGAGACCCGGCUUGACAUCUUGGAUACAGCAGGUCAGGAGGAGUUUGGUGCGAUGAGGGAGCAGUACAUGCGGUCUGGAGAAGGCUUUUUACUGGUGUUUGCACUCAAUGACCGCGGCAGCUAUCAUGAAGUCCAGAAGUUCCACACCCAGAUCCUGAGAGUGAAAGACAGAGAUGAUUUUCCCAUGGUGCUGGUUGGAAACAAGGCAGACCUGGAACAGCAAAGAGUGAUACCCAAGGAGGACGCACAGGCGUUUGCCAGAGAGAAUAGGAUCCACUACAUGGAGGCUUCGGCGAAGAAUCGCUACAAUGUUGAUGAAGCCUUCUUGGAGCUUGUGCAUAUUAUUAGACGAUUUCAGGAGAUGGAGAGUCCUCCUCCAACACAUCACACAGGGAACGAGAAAAGACGUGGCUGUCCCUGUGUCAUCCUUUAAGCACUAUUAUUAUGAAUACCAAAGCCUCAUUCCUCUGCAGAAAGGUGUUUUUUGUGUGUACAUAUGAGUAAGUGUCUUUGAAAGAGAGCGCAAGAGAGAAGGUGCAUCAGUUUCUUUCCAGAUGAUUACAUUUGCACUUUUGUUAAAAGCAACGUUUAAUUUGGUUUAAUUUUUUUUAAUUUUAAGUAGAGUAUUGAAAGGAAGAGGUGUGAGCAGCAGCAGGGUGGCACUUGUGACGCAGAUUAAUAAUAAUGUUACAACACAAAUCAUAAUUUGUGUCCACAAAUAGAAAUAUCACCCAAAAAUGUAGUGUAUAAUUAACUUUUCAGUGCUUUUAAGGAUGCUGUUUUAAACAAGUACAGAUAUCAGCAUCUGCAACACCACGGCAAUUGUAACUGUCUGAAGAAAUGACAUUAAAUGUGCUAUGUGCAAAAAUUAUCAUGUCAUAAAUGGACAAGUGCUGAUUGUCCCCUUAGCAUAGCUUUGUAUAUUAAGUCGUAAGGUCCAAAGCAAUGCCAUUUUCCAUGCCCUCCUGCAAGGGGCAGGAGAGCUCCAAAGAAGUAUUAUUAUUGUUCAAGACAAAAAGAAGAUUGAUAGCAGAAGGUACAGUCAGUCUUAAAAGAUGUACAAUAUUGAAUAAAUCCAUGAAUAACAGAUGUCAUUUAAGAUCCUGAUCAAAUAAUAGUAUUGGCCAUGUGUUGUGUGAUGGCUGUAUCGCUGCAUCGUGGUACUAUAUACUAUGUAUUUGGGGGGAUUUUGUACUUUUUUUUUUUUUUUUCCCGUAUUUCUCUACUUUAUCAUUGUAAUUGUGAAAAUGGGGUAUAAGCGCUUUGAGUGCACCAGUAUAGUAGAAAAGUGCUAGAGAAGAACCUGUCCAUAUACUGGAAGAGUCUAGUCACAACAUCGUAGGUCUCCAGGUGGCAAGAAGCGUGAUGUCCUAAGAACAGCUAACAUACUGAACAGAACCCUUAAAAUAUAUUGAAAUAAGUCACUUUUAUAAACUAUUAAAACAUUUAUCUGAACUUUA